AAAAAUAUAUUGGAUGAAAUCAGUAGAAUUACCCGUAACAUACCUUGAUGUCUGGUGAGACACACGUGAGGUUUAUUGACAUAUUCUUAAAGGAAUACCCAGUGAUAGUGGUACAGGUGUGUAGUUGUUUACAGAGGAUACAAACAACGGAUUCAACUAGUCCACGGGUCAUGACGGAGGAUUACAGACGACUAGUCAGGACCUUAAUAGGUCACACGAUGAGCAAACCAUCAACGGGGAUACCUAAACCUUUAUAGAUCGGAGGAGCCUGGCUAUAAACGACGAUGAAGUCGUAACCGUUAUCUGCGGGCAGGUUCCCGUCACCCUUGACAUACGCCAUCAUCGACCAUAUUGCGGAGUGUCCCCGACGCUACAGUUUGCCUUACUGGCUACACAAUAGGUUUCUAGGACGUCACAAACAAUGCCGCCCCAGACCAGUCUUCAGUUUUUCAGGAAGCGGCAGACAGUGGACACUCUGUUGCUUGAGCGUCCACAGAGUCUCUCCGCUUUCUAUCAGGCCGUCGAGGUUGCACUGAAGGAUAUAGAAAUCCAGCUGAUAGAGGUGCAAGCAUCCUUUUACGGCCGAACGCGCACUGUGGAGGACGAGAUCCGACAAUGGAUGCCUGCACUGGAACACACCAUGCAGUUCGCUAAGGUGUCGGAAUUGAUCUGCAAAGGAAAUCUACAAAAUCUGUUUGACCUGUACGAUCGGUCUAUGGGAGAUCCCACCAUGGAGGUAAAGUUUGACAAGGUGUCAGUUCAGGCAGUGAUGCAGGUCAUUGACAAAGUACUUUCCUACCUGAAGACAGGGUUUGCCUCUAUUAUGGACACGCUGAAAUCUGUUUCAGGUUUUAUGAGAAAAUAUUGCUUGAGUUUCGUAAGUACAGAUGGAGAUGCAUUUCUAGAGACUGCAACGAACUACGAAAAACAAAGAAGAGAUUACGCCAAUGCCAUUCAAAUUAAUCUGGAUGACAUAACGCAGAUGGCUGAACGCUUUGAAAAAGACGGUAUCCAUCUGCAGGAGUUGGGAUCUAUUCCAAAACAACUCGCCGAUAAAUAUGAAUGCAAGCAUGUGCCGUUACUUGUAAUGUUUCCAGGUGCAUGUGAAAAUAUAAGAAACGCUUGCAUAGGAAUCCGGAAGUGGAUUCAAGCCGAUCACGGCUACCCAACAUUCCUACAAUAUGACUUACAAGAUCUUGAAAAGAGACACGAUGACUUCAAUAAGACAAUACGUGACUUACAGCUAACGUCCUCUCAUCUCGACCACAGAGUUAAGGUCUAUAAAAGAGACAUUUCCGAGUGCGAGGCAGAACUCAAACGGUUAUUAUCUAAGGAAAAGAUGAUUAAACGCCAGUCCGAGGGUCUUGGCCAUGAGCUUAAAGAUUUGGAGAUGGAAAUCGGUUACCGUGAAAUUCGUCGGGAACAGUUGAAACACGACGAACAAGAAAGUAGCAACAGACAGAAGCUCGAGCAGAAUAUGACCGAACUCGAAAAUUAUAGAUCUAAGCGAUUGAUAGUAUACAGAAAGUAUGAAGAAAUGAAACGCAAGCUUCACUUUCUUCAACUGAAACGUGAUAAAAAAGUACAAAAAGAGGAAGAACUAGGGGAACUACGAAAAGAACACAAAGCUGCGAGAAAGGAACUAAGGAAGACAGAACUCGAAAAGGACAGACUCCAAAUGAAUGUGAUGAAAAUGAGAGAAAUUAUUCGGUUUAAAACCAGUCCUGAGAUUUUGAAGAAACUAUUUUAUAACAUGCCGCUUACCAGUAAGAACACUGGUCUUACAAAACGGAAAAAAGGAGCUGGUAACGUUGUAGACAAACUAGAGAGGGCAUCUCGAGUUGCCGCCACCCAUAUUGACGUCGACUGGCCCAAGCUGUAUCGUGUACUUCCGUUUUAUCCCCCGCGUGGGGACGAGAAUGUGCGGAUAGAUAUUGAUGAAAUAGGACGUGUAUUCAUGCGCGAUAUCCAGGAGACACAAGCCAAGCAGUCCCUUGCCAAGUGGAGAAGAAUGCACAACAGAGCGAGUGUAGACGAUCUUAAAGCUGCUCUCCAUCAGAUCAGGCGAAAAGACAUUGUGGAGGAAAUAGACACAGAGCUUGCAAAGCGAGCAAAUAAAGUGAAGCAAGAAAACUUACAAAAGGCGGAGUCUCCAACUAGAACUGUUCGCUUUCCCAGGGUAUUAGUACAGCCCCCACAGACGCCACGAUCAAGAAACAGCGGUAUGAUGUUUGUGCACUAAAGUCAGUCCAUCGGUCUUAGAGUUCGAGACCCGAAAACAGUGAUAGGAAUCAGUCCAGUGGUCUCAGUCUCAAGUAUAUUGAGGAAAAAGCAUUAUGUAACUCAUGCGAUAAUCUGACGUCCCUAGACUUCUAGAACCCGGAACUGUGGUAUGCCUUUCAUGCACCAGCUUCAGACUGGUGGCUUUUGACUUCAAACUCUCCGAUAUGUGACAUGUACUUUUAGCCAAUAAUGGUUUGCAAAUCAAACACGUGAUAUAUUGUUUGACCAAUUUUGAUACAUAUAUAUAUGUUUUAGGGUGUUUCGAUCUCGUUUAGCAUUUGGUCAAAAUGCCAAAUCAUCACCACUUGAUGAAUUAUAUUAGCUCCUAAAGAUGUUUAUCAUUUUCCAUGUUGUCCCUGUCUAGCUGUCUUUUGGAGCUCGGAUAUCCUAGCAUUAUCCGAGCAUAGAACAAAUUCAGAAAGUCGGAAAACAUCAUGUUUGAUUGCAAGGGGUUCAGAUAUCGUUGAAGAUAUGCUGGUGUUAUACACAACUAAUAUACCUCUUUACAGUGAUAAAGAAGCUGAUUUGAAAAUAAACCAUUUGAUAUGCUUGUUGCGAUGCAUUUAAAAGAAAUUUAGUUUGAUAUUUAGCUAUUGUGAUAAAACAUGAGAUUUCAAUAGCUUAAUGAGAUACCUUCUUCUCUGCCAAACAUAUAUUUAAUGUCUUUCCAAGAAACAACAGGACAGUUCCGAUGAAACGAUGGCAAAAUAUCUACACCUAAGAUUUACACGCGUAUUCCCAAAAAACAAUAAUAUCAGACCAGAUAUUCCGGAAGGGUAAGCGUCUUCUGCUUCAUUGAAGAUACUCUACAUGCUCAUCUAGAACAAAUGUAUGUAUGGUAGCUCGCGCGUUAAGUCGACAGCCGACAGUCAUACCACUGAGUAUCGAACACGCUUAACUGUGUAUCGCCAAAGGUCUAAUAUGCUAUUUCCACAGAACAGUCAUCAACCCGUCUCACUCUGUGUUGUCACUUUUCUGUCAGCCACGUCUUCUGCCAACCGUUCACGUUAUUAUGACGUUGGAAUGUAUAUAUGUAUUUUAUUGUUUCUAUAUUUGUACUGAAAAUCAUUCAAUAACUGUUCGUACUGAUUAGGAGGACAUUUCUUCUAGUCCAUUAUACUGACAUUGGGAGGCACAUCUCCUAGUCCAUUAUACUGACAUUGUGAGGAUAUUUCUCCUAGUCCAUAAUACUGACAUUGGGAGGACACCUCUCCUAGUCCAUUAAACUGACAUUGGGAGGACACCUCUCCUAGUUCAUUAUACUGACAUUUGGAGGACACCUCUCC